CGCGCGUUUGAAUCCUGGAGGCGAUGUUUGGACUUCGGAGGCUUUGGGACCGAGGAGUGUUUUAGAACGUGUGCAGUAAUGGCGCCUGAAAGGAAAGUUAAGAACGCUCAGGUACAAAGGAGGAUUUCACAAUGUAGUAAUAGUUAUCAGACUAGACUCUCGGCCUGGAAAGUAAGAGAGGACCUGAAUGACUCAAAGAGCGUACCUAAACACAGAAAAAACAGUGCGGUGGAAGAUUUUGAACAUGGUGAUAAUCAAGUUGAAGAUGCUCUGCAGAUUGCAGUGCGAUACUUUGAGAAAGGUCCCAUUAAAACUUCACAGAGGAAAGAUAAAACCUUGGAAGGACACUUGAAAACUGUGGAAAAUGUGGCAUGGAAGAAUGGGUUAGCUCCAGAAGGAAUCGACAUUCUGUUAAAUGUGGCACUCAGCGGCAGAUUUGGGAGUGCUGUAAACACUCGGAUAUUCAAGUGUAUGAUUCCAGCAACUCUAAUAUCAGAAGAUUCUGUGGUUAAGGCGGUCUCCUGGCUUUGUGUCGGCAAGUGUUCUGGUAGCACCAAGGUACUUUUUUAUCGUUGGCUGGUUGCAAUGUUUGACUUCAUUGAUCACAAGGAGCAAAUUAACUUGCUCUAUGGCUUCUUUUUUGCUUCAUUGCAAGAUGAUGCAUUGUGCCCUUAUGUCUGCCACUUGUUAUAUUUACUUACCAAAAAAGAGAAUGUCAAACCGUUUCGUGUGAGAAAACUGCUUGAUCUUCAGGCCAAAAUGGGAAUGCAGCCUCAUCUCCAGGCUUUAUUGUCACUGUAUAAAUUCUUCGUUCCUACUUUGAUUUCUGUAUCUUUGCCUGUGAGGAAGAAGAUUUAUUUUAAGAAUUCAGAGAAUCUGUGGAAGACAGCUCUACUUGCUAUGAGGCAAAGGAAUCAGGGACUUGCUCCAGAACCUCUAAAGCUGAUGUUAGGGAAUGUCUGUCCUGUAAAAAGAAAAUGGAAUUCUCACUCAGUUAUACCAGUGCUAAAUUCCUGUAACUACAGUAAAGAAAGUGGAAAAAAAGGGAUGAAUCUUUCUGAUUUUUUCAGUAGCAAUGGAUCAUUUCCACUGGAACAACUUAAAAGCUUCCCUCAGCUCUUACAGAACAUCCAUUGCUUAGAGCUGCCUUCUCAGAUGGGCGCAGUGCUGAACAACUCUCUGCUACUUCACUAUAUUAACUGUGUCAGAGAUGAGUCAGUCUUACUGAGGCUCUAUCAUUGGUUGAGUCAAACAUUACAAGAAGAAUGUAUUUGGUACAAGGUGAAUAAUUAUGAACAUGGAAAAGAAUUUACCAACUUCCUGGACAUUGUCAUCAGGGCAGAGUGCUUCUUACAAGAGGGGUUUUAUUCCUGUGAAGCAUUCCUGUAUAAGAGUCUUCCUCUCUGGGAUGGCCUCUGUUGUCGGUCACAGUUCCUUCAACUUGUGAGCUGGAUUCCUUUUAGUAGCUUCUCUGAGGUGAAACCACUUCUUUUUGACCAUCUGUCCCGGCUCUUCUUCACAUCAACUAUAUACUUCAAGUGUAGUGUUCUUCAGUGUCUGAAAGAACUACUGCAAAAUUGGCUGUUGUGGCUUUCUAUGGACAUCCACUUGAAAUCUGUGACGAACAGUCCUCUGGAGACAACUUUAGGUGGAUCCAUGAACUCUGUGUCUGAACUGAUUCACUAUGUAGGAUGGCUGUCCACUACUGCAAUGCGCUUGGAAAGCAACAGUACUUUCUUGUUGCACUUUAUCUUGGAUUUCUAUGAGAAGGUGUGUGACACAUAUAUAAAUUAUAACCUUCCAUUAGUGGUGUUGUUUCCUCCUGGGGUCUUCUAUCCUGCACUCCUCAGCCUGGAUCCCAGUAUCCUGAAUCAGCUCUGUUACAUUCUGGACAGGUAUCGUAAAAAUUUGACUGCUGCAAAGGAAAAUGAGUUGGUACCAAAGACAAAAUCAGAGUUCAGCUUCAGCAGCAAGACCUAUCAAGAAUUUAAUCACUAUUUGACAGCCAUGGUUGGUUGCCUGUGGACAUCCAAACCCUUCCAGAAAGGAUUGUAUAUUGACGCUAAAGCCUUAGAAAAAGCUGCAGUAGCAGAGUAUAAAAACAGUUUAAAUUUAGUCCAUCACCCUGCUUUUAUGAGUUACACUGUUUCCUUUCUGCUACAGGAAUGGCCAGAAGAAAGGACAGUAAACAUGAGCUCUAUUCGGGGAAAGAAAUGGAACUGGUAUUUGGACUAUUUAUUUUCAGAGGGGUUCCAAGGCUUGAAACUUUUCAUACAAAGUAGUAUUCAUCAUUCUUCUGUCCCCUGAGCAGAGAGCAUAAACCACAUGAUCAACAUUAAAUGAAUGUUGACAGAAACAAACUGAGCAUAUGGGACUAAAUUCCUUCCUUGUUGCUGGAGAGGCCAAGUGGCUCCAAUUGAGUUUCCUUAUUCUUUUCACCAACACACUGCCAUCCUCAGAGUGGUUGAACUGGCCUUCUAUCCAUGGCUCAGGAGAGCCUCAAUGUGGCUAACUUUAUUUUUCAGGAUCUAGAUUCUUUAGCCUGCUUGUGAAAAAUGACUUUAUCAUCAGGCUUUGCCUUCCACCAAAUUAUAUAUAAAGAGAUAUAUCUGUUACGUGGUGAGAUUUUUCAUAUUCUUGUGGACUAUGAGCUGCACUGAUGGAAGAGAGCAGGUAAUACUAUACAGUGGCAGUUAAGCCACAGACUUAUUCACGCAAAAUACUCUGUUGCUUCCAUGAAACCUCUGUGGAUAUUGCCAUUUUUAUUAUUGUGAACAGCUACACCAACACCAAGUUAACAGGAUACAUAUCUGACUAAAAGCUAGCUCUGAGUAGUUGGUCAAUUCCUGGGCCUUCACUGGUAACAAUUUGAUGAGAGAAGGAAGGGGAAAGGAUUGUAGGAUAAUCAAGACAUUCCUGUUUAUACCAGUUUGAUUUCAUAAAACUGCUCUAUUUUGUGUGCAUGCAUAUAUGUAUAUGUAUAUAUCCCAUAUUUAAGUGUUUAGGUCCAAAUAAACUAACUGCAGCUUUAUUUUCAGGAAUAAUUCUGAAGCUUUUUAAAAAUUUUAUAAUAGCUAGAAUAUCUUGCUGAAAAUUGACUGUAAAAUUUUGCUUCAGUGCUACUGAAUAACUCUCCUCCUUUUAAUAAAAUUCAUACCAUUUGAGAGAAAUCAAGCUGAAUAUAUUUGUUUUUAAGGGCACAUUCUUGUGGUUCUUUUUUUUUCCAUUUAAAACAAAACAGAACCCAAAACUGUAUUAUUGGAUGGUAUUGAGACUAGAAAUCCUAUUUAUUCAUUUAUUUUUGAUUUAAUACAUAUUUAUUAAGCUUACUGUGUGCCAGAUAUUCUUUCAUGGGCUGUUUAUACAGUACUUCCUUUUGUGCAAUUUACUACAUUUCAUUAGAGAAGACAGAUAAUACACAUGUAAACAAAUACAUAGUAUCAGGUGCUAUGAAGAAAAAGCAAGAAAUAGGGACAGAAACAAACUGAGCAUACUGGACUAAAUUCCUUCCUCGGUGGUAGAGAGACCAAGUGGCUCAACUUGAGUUUCCAUACUUGUUUCACCAGCAGACUGCCAUCUUCAGGGAGUGCUAAGACUGGCUCAUGGAUAGAAAUCCAUGGCUCAGGAGAGCCUCAAUGUGGCUAGCUUUACUUUUCAGGAUCUAGAUUCUUUAGCCCACUAGUGAAAAAUGACUUCAUUACCAGGCCCUGCCUUCCACCAAAUUAUACAUAAAAAAGAUACAUCUUUGAGAGAGUUGCUACUUUAGAUAAGAUGUUUAGAGAAGGCCUAUUUGAAAAGGUGACAUGCAGAGGCCCUAAGUGUAUGAACCAUGUGAACAUCUGGGGAAAGGGCAUUCUGGGGAAAGGUAAAGGCAAGUAGAAAGGCUUAAAAAUGUUAACUUACCUGGCAUGUUUGAGGAAUAGCAGAAGCCAGUAAGGUUAUGACAUAGUAAUUAAGGGAGCAGAAUGGUAAGAAAUGAAAUAGGGAAGAAAGCCAGAGAGUAGUUCAUGAAGAUCCUUAUAACCUGGUGUGGGUAUGUAAUGGGAAGCCAUUAGAAGGGUUGAGAGCAGAGGAGUGACAUAAUUUUACUUACUUGUAUGGGGCUGUGGUGUGGAGGAUAAACUGAAGAGGAUUAAGGGUGAAAGCAGAAGACCAGUUAGGUUAUUACAGUGUUCCAGGCCAAGAGUCUUAAACUCCUGUGGUAGAUGCUGGGGAGGUGGUUAGAUACUGGAUUCAGGUUCUAUUUUAAAGAUGAAGAAGAUAGGAUCAUCUGAUAGCUUGGAUAUGAGGACAGAGAAAGGGAGGAGUAAAGGAUGAUACCUAGAUUUUUGAGCAACUGGGUGAAUUCUGGAAUGUAGAGAUGAGGAACAGACUUGGAGGAGUGUGGAAUCAGGAAUUCUUUUUUGGUCAUGUUAGUUUGGAGAUGUUGAGUAGGCAGUUGGAUAUCCAAGUUGGGUUCAGGGAACAAUUUGGUACUGAUGAAAUUGAUUUGCAAGUCGUUACUGAAUAGCCAUGAUAUUAGAUGAGGUCACUUAGUGCAGCUAGAAAAGAGAAAAUGGCAAUCUUCAUAUCAUGGAAGUAACUUUUCUAAACUUAAGUUUAUGUUCCAGGAGAAAAAAAAAAUUUCCACUUAGUUUAUCUUUUUGUUAAAUAAUGAUUCCCUGGGUACCUUUUUGGCUAUAUUUUUCUGUUGAUCAGUUGUUUAACUCAGUUAAGAUUAAAUAUAUAUCUAUGUAAAUAUGCCAAAUCUAGUUAUUUGAAAUUCUUUUUGAAGAAUCUUCAUUGGCAAGGAAAAACAAGAUUUAUAUAAGAAUAGCAAUUUUGCAUCAGU